CCUUGCUUCCGUAGCUCUAACAGCUCUCAAGCUGGCAGGCUCAAGUGAUCUAGCUCCUAACAGAUACUACGGUAGAGAUCUCCGGCCGGCCUCCGGCGGCGAAGGUACGCUGCAGGCACACACGACGCUCGCGCACAUGGGUAGCGGGACGCCGUGCGCGUCGUGCAAGCUGCUCCGGCGGCGGUGCACCAAGGACUGCAUCUUCGCGCCCUUCUUCCCCGCCGACGACCCCCACAAGUUUGCCAUCGUCCACAAGGUCUUCGGCGCCAGCAACGUCAGCAAGAUGCUCCUGGAGCUACCGGUGCAGCAGCGCGGGGACGCGGUGAGCAGCCUGGUGUACGAGGCGAACGCGCGGGUGCGGGACCCGGUGUACGGCUGCGUGGGGGCCAUCUCCUUCCUGCAGAACCAGGUGUCGCAGCUGCAGAUGCAGCUCGCCGUCGCGCAGGCCGAGAUCCUCUGCAUCCAGAUGCAGCAGCGAGACGCCUCUCAGUCCCAGCUGAACGACGACGCAGACCACAGCAUGGGGGCGAUGCAGCAGAUGGUCGUCGACGACGCGGCAGCGGCGGAGGCAUUCCUGAUGCAGAACGGCGGGGGCGGCUUCCCGCAGCAGCUGAUGAGCAGCUACGGCGGCGGCGCGCCGGCCUCCAACGUGCAUCUCUACGCUCAGGACCACCUCAAGAGGGAGUCGCUCUGGACGUAGCUAUUAGUCAAAGUCAAUUUGUGUAGGACUUAGCUCGUCGCUAGCUAUGCACGUUUGUAGGGUUUUAGGUUCAUUGUGUUAGCAUGACUCUCUCUCUCUCUCCCUCUCUCCCUCACUUUCUCUCUCUAGAUCUUUCCAGUUGUUGUACCUGAUCCAGAAUUAGUAGUUGUGAUCAUUGUCAUG